AUGAUCGACAUUGGCCGCUGUUAUUACACUACGAUUCACUCGCAAACACUUUCCAACGAUGGUCGCUUCCUGUUUUGUGGUAGCAACUUUGGUGAAAUAUUUGUAUUUAGUGUGGAACGAAUAACGUCUAGCAAUGGCACGGAUGCAUCGCCGAUGGAACUGGACAAACUACCCACCAUACCCAUACAGACACUUACCGUAACGGACCGUUGUCCGAUAUAUAGCUUGUCGUUCCACAAGGAUUUUUUGAUCGUUGGAUUAAACGGGGAAAUAUGCGGCUACCAGUGGUCCAGCAAAUCGGGUUCUAUUGGAAAGAAGGGCUGGACAGUGAAAUUGCCCGCACCACGUGAGAGUGCAGAUAUGAGCGAGGUAAACUAUAUGUGGUUGAACGGACACGACGAUAUAUUGUACGCUGGUUGUGGCGAUAAUGUAUUGUACGGAAUUUCGCUCGAGGAUGGAAAAGUCUGCCGCGAGUUUCACGGUCAUACGGACUACAUUCACUGCGUAACGGGAAGUGCCAGCAAGUUGGCAACAGCUUCCGAGGAUGGGUCGAUAAUGUUGUGGGACAAACGGCAAAAGGCGUCCUACGCAAAAAUUGAACCCCACAAGAAACCAAUUUUGCAACGUCCCGAAUUCGGCCCCUGGCAAGGUACAGUUUCCAUGACGGAGGAUUGGCUUAUAUGUGGCGGAGGGCCCCGAUUUUCUCUGUGGCAUUUGCGAUCACUCGAUUGUACGGCCGACUUUGACUUUCCUGAGCGCGUGCACGUUUCCGGGUUUGUCGAUGAUCUUAUCUACGUCGGUGGUGACUGUCGGAAGUUUUAUCAGUACAACUUUAACGGUGACGUAGCGGCCGAAAUCCCGACAUCAGGUUCAUCCGUCUAUAGCGUAGCGCUGCAGACGGAACCGUACCGAUUUCUUUCGAUUGCCGGUGCUUCAGCACAAGUAGACGUUUGUACGAACUUUUCCUAUCGCGACAUUAUUUUAAACACCUAUGUAAAACCUUGA